GGGAGGCUGUUGGGAGGCGCGCAAGCGCAGUGCAGCGCAGCGGAGCGCGCUCCAUUCCGCGACAUUCGCUGUGGCGCUUAGUGGCUGACGUUCGAGUACCGCUUCGAGCCGUACUAUCUCUCGCCACUCACGAGGAUGCUGGGCACUGAGCUGGUGUGGAGGAGCUGUGGCCGCGGGCUGUGGAGGAGCCUGUGUCGUGCUGCCGGCGGCAGCCCCCGCGCUCUGAGCGCCGCCUCGUCUUCAGCUUGCGAAGGGGCGCGGGGUGGUGGUGCUCCUCCGGCAGGUGCUAGUAAUGUAAAGCCACUGGAUGGUGUGAAAAUUCUUGAUUUAACAAGAGUGCUUGCAGGGCCCUUUGCCACAAUGAAUUUAGGUGAUCUAGGGGCUGAAGUCAUCAAAGUGGAAAGACCAGGAACUGGUGAUGAUACAAGAGCCUGGGGCCCACCUUUUGUUGGAACAGAAAGUGUUUAUUUUCUCAGUGUCAAUAGAAAUAAAAAGAGUAUAGCUAUCAAUAUGAAGAAUUCAAGAGGAGCAAAGUUGAUCAGGGAGCUUGCAGCUGUAUCUGAUGUUUUUGUGGAAAACUACAUCCCUGGGAAACUGGCUGAAAUUGGCCUCGGUUAUGAAGACAUAGCAAAGAUUGCUCCUCACAUAGUAUACUGCUCAAUAACAGGUUAUGGACAGACUGGUCCAAUGGUUCAGAGAGGUGGAUAUGACUCCAUUGCAGCUGCCAUUUCUGGUCUCACACAUAUCACAGGGCACGAGGGUGGUGAACCAGUUAGAGUAGGAGUAGCCAUGACAGAUCUUGCUACUGGCUUGUAUGCAUGUGGAGCAAUUAUGGCUGGCUUGCUUCAGAAGUAUAAGACGGGGAAAGGAAUGCACAUUGACUGUAAUCUCUUGUCAUCUCAGGUUGCAUGUCUUACUCAUGUAGCAGCUAAUUACCUUAAUUGCAAAAUUGAAGCUAAACGCUGGGGUACAGCUCACGGGAGUAUUGUUCCAUAUCAGGCUUUUAAGACCGAGGAUGGUUAUAUCGUGGUGGGAGCUGGAAAUGAUCAGCAAUUUGUCACUGUGUGCCAGAUCCUGAAUCUUCCUGAAGUCAUUAAGGAUUCCAGAUACAAAACUAAUAAGCUGAGAGUCCAGAACAGAAAAGAACUUAUUGACAUACUGUCAACUCGGUUUUCAGAAAAAACAACAGUUGAGUGGCUGCAGCUCUUUGAGGGUAGUGGAGUUCCAUACGGUCCAAUCAACAAUAUGCAGCAGGUAUUCUCAGAGCCUCAGCAUACUGAAUGAUUGAAAAUCCAGCUACAGCAUAGGCUUCAUUGUUGGAUGUGAAGCCUUAGAUGUGCACUGAAUGGCAAGUGGUGUACCCAGAAAAUCUAAUGCUGUCUGAAGAGAGAGAAGGGCUUGGGUAGUUGGAUGAAUACUUAAUUCCUUAUAUCUGUUUUAUGUCUCUAGUCAGCCUGGAAAUACAGAUUUCCUAGUGAAAGGGUUAUGUGGUCUUUCCAAGAACUCUGCACUCUUGCAAAAGAAAAGAUUGGCUUCUAUGUAAAGUGUCAGCAGAGAAGGAAAAAUAGAAAUGAAGGAAAAAAAAAUACUGUUUAGGAAUCUCAACAGAAAAGUGAGCUUUAAAAAAUAACAUUCCUACUGCCACAACCUUUUAGCCUAUAAUAAAGAUGAAAUACCCAUAUGACAAAACACAAUUCCCUUGCAUCCGAAAAAGUAUACUGUUUUGCAAAGACUUUCAGUUGUCCCAAACAGUAAUUACCAACACUCUGGAAUGAGAUGAGAAAUGGUUUGUUUCUGUUCUAUAAAUUGUUUAAUAAGGAUUUGGCUUCCUUCGCUGGAAUCUCAUAUGUGGAACUGUAAGAAAAAAAGAAAACAACAACAACAACAAACUUACUCUUCCCCUUCAAAAUUUGAGGAGUAAAUCUGCAGAUUCUGUCAGUUAUCUUCUUCCAUCUGUUGUUUAUUGCAUCCAUAGCUUUCUAAAUUUAAACAAUUGUCACUGUAAAUUAGUGCUUAGCAGCAGUAGAUGCUUAUGUCAGCAAUCAAAAGUUUUCCAAUAGGAGAAGGAAAUUAAUAUUCUGCUUUGUAUUUUUGAGGGUUAAUGCAUAUGGUCACCAUACUAUACUAAAGUUCCAAUAUUAAUUUUUCUGCUUAAAUUGUUUCAUGAAUACUUUUGCUCAUUUGGGAUAGCUGUGGAAAAAAGGAAUACAUUAUAUUUGAUCUUUUACUGUUGAGUGAAGGAAAGACAAAAGCACCAUAGCUUGGCAUGGAAACCCAUCUGUUUAGUUUGGUGGAAUAACUCUGUUUUGGCCAUCUCCCUGUUUAUUGUAUUGUAACAUAUUCUGUUUAUUUUUCCAGUCUUGCCUCUUGCACACACAGAUUUAACUGUGAAAUUAAAUGAUCCCGCUUAGGAUGAAUUUGACGUAUUUGCACAAGUAUCUUUGAUUCUACAGUUUAAUAUGGAUUUUUUCCAACAGAAAGAUGUGAGUGUAGUGCACUUGCUAGUACCUCUCUCCUUCAUUGUCUUCAUUUACAUUCUUAUUUUAACUGUUGCAGCAUUCUUUUUUAUGUAUUAUAAACAGUUUCAAUAAAUCAGGCUAUGAACAUGUGCCUUUGCUGUUUAGAGGAGACCUCCAUUUGUUUGCCAAAAAUUCUCUCCUUAUAUAGGAGAGAAUAUAGGUUUUCUAUAUUUAAAAUUAAGGUUUUUUGUAUAUACAUUCUGUAGCUGAAUGAUGACAAUCACUGUACCAUAACUGUACUGUAUUCAAAGCAUAUAUUGUCAUCCUUCGUAGAAGAUAUGACUUCAAUCACAUGAAGCUGUAAAUAAUGCAGCUUUGUGAAUCGCAAACAAGUUGCCGUGUCUAUUUUUUUUUUAAACUGCUACAAUUUCCCCAGAAAUCCCAUUAUGAAUGUAAAUGAGCUACUUAUUACCAAAAUAUUGUAAAAUCUUCUAGAGUAGUUCUAACUACAAGCAGGCACAAUCUUUUAUGUCUGUUCCACAUUAUAGGCCUCCUUUUAAUUGGAGCACUAAAGCUAGGCCCUUUGAUUCUCAGUACUGGCACUCAGUCUUUUUUACCUUGAUUUAUAUUUUGGGGAUUGAAAGUUAUGUUUUGAAUAAGGCAGAAGGGGAGGUUGAAUCUAGGUCUUUUGGCCAUACAACUUCAUUAUCAACAUAAAACAUUAUUCCACAAAACAGCCUCCUGUCUGAGGCCUCACAGAGAGAAGCAUCUAUUUUCUUUCUUCUGUUUCAUUAUGAAGCUCAAGUUUCAAUCAGAAAGGAAGCAGAAGAUAGUUUUGCUAAAAAUGCAUAAAAGAUGAUCUGUUCAUGCC